CAGGGGCCGGAGGUGGCGCGGGCGGAGCGCGGCCGGUGGCGGCGGCGCGGAGAGGAGAGGAGCGGCGGGAGGAUGCUGAAGAGCUGCGGGAGGAAACUGCUCUUGUCCCUCGUGGGCUCCAUGUUCACCUGCCUCCUGGUGCUCAUGGUGGAGCCGCCGGGGAGGCCGGGACUGGCCCGGGGGGAGGCCGGCGGGGCGCAGCGGGCGCUGCAGAGCCUGGGGGUGGCGGUGGCUCCCCCGGCGGCGCAGGGUCCACCCGGUCUCCGCAGCUUUGCCGAUUACUUCGGGCGGCUGAGCCGAGCCCGGCGGGAGCUGCCUGCCGCUCCGCCGAGCGCCCCGCGGCCGCCGGCCGAGGACAUCUCCCCCCGCGAUGUCUUCAUCGCCGUCAAGACCACCAAGAAGUUUCACAAGGCGCGGCUGGAGCUGCUGCUCGACACCUGGAUCUCCCGCAAUCGCGACAUGACCUUCAUCUUCACGGAUGGGGAGGAUGAGGAGCUGAAGAAACAAGCACGAAACGUCAUCAACACCAACUGCUCGGCCGCCCACAGCCGCCAGGCCCUGUCCUGCAAGAUGGCCGUGGAGUAUGACAAGUUCAUCGAGUCCGGCAGAAAGUGGUUCUGCCACGUGGACGAUGACAACUAUGUGAACGUGCGGAUGCUGGUGAAGCUGCUCUCCAGCUACCCCCACACGCAGGACAUCUACAUUGGGAAGCCCAGCCUGGACCGGCCCAUCCAGGCUACAGAGAGGAUCAGCGAGAACAAGAUGCACCCUGUGCAUUUCUGGUUUGCCACGGGCGGAGCGGGGUUUUGUAUCAGCCGGGGGCUGGCACUGAAGAUGAGCCCGUGGGCCAGCGGGGGCCACUUCAUGAGCACAGCGGAGAAGAUCCGCCUGCCUGACGACUGCACCAUCGGCUACAUCAUCGAGUCUGUGCUGGGGGUGAAGCUCAUCCGGAGCAACCUCUUCCACUCGCACCUGGAGAACCUCCACCAGGUGCCCAAGACAGAGAUCCACAAACAGGUGACGCUAAGCUACGGCAUGUUCGAAAACAAGCGCAACUCCAUCCACAUGAAGGGAGCCUUCUCUGUCGAGGAGGACCCAUCCAGGUUCCGCUCCGUGCACUGCUUGCUGUACCCCGACACGCCGUGGUGCCCCGCCAAUGUGGUUUACUAGGAGGCGUGUGUCCCCUCCAACCUCGUCCCAAAUUUCCCCGGUAUCCGACGGGUGUGCGGGACCUGCGUGCGGGUGUGUGUCGGUCCGGCCUCGCUGCAAGGCGGAUGGACGGACAGAUGUCGUUGCUGUGGUAUUGCACAGUGUGUGUGUACUGAAGGCUGCUGUGCGGCCCCUUGUCCCCUGCCCUGCCUGCCCGGCUGCCCGUGCCCGCUCUGGCCAGGACGGUGCGGCAGGGACGGGUCCUGAGCACUUAACCUCGGGCACCCCCGUGGCGCUGGCGGGUCCCACGCCAUGCGUGGGGCUGGACUGCAGGCACCGCGGGGCUCUGCCUCCCCGGGCUUGCUUCUCCUUUGUUUUAUUUCCCCCCUUCUUGCUAAUGUUCGGUUUUUUUGGUGUGUGCCUCCCUCCCUUGAUUCUAGCCCCAGCCCUGCUCCCAUAACCCCUCACCCUCCCCAUCCUCUUUCCCAGUUCCAAAAUCUCAGCAGCGAAGCUCUGGCUCCCGUUGUGGAUGGAAGGUUUUGCUCCCUGGCUCGGUGGGCAGGCAGGGAAGGCUCCUGGCUGUGGCAAACACUGCUCCAGGGUGCUCUAGAGCUGCUGGGUGCUUGAUGGCUGCACUGGAGGGAGACACCGGGGUGGGCUGUGAGCUGGUGUUGGCAUUAGCUCCAUUUCCCAGAGCUCACUGCUCCUGGCUGAAGUGUUGCUGGCACCUUUGAUCUAUGCAUUAUUUACAGAGGUGAACCUAAAAAACUUUCUCCUUUUGCAAAGGAGCAGUUCAUGGGGUUUGCAUGGGUGUCCCCCACCCUGCUGCAGGGCUAGAGCAUCCUCCAGCUCUGGCCUGGCUGUGGGUGUUGCUGGGGCUGCCAGAGCACCCCCUGCACCCAGCUGGUCGAGCACCCCCUGCAGCACCCAGCCCAGCCAUCGGGCUCUCUGCCCAGGAGGGAUUUAGCUGGGGAGGGAGAGGGACCCUGCACCCUCUGCUGGCCCCCCUGCCUGCCACUGCUGGGAUAAGAGGGCCAAGCCAGAGCUGAACAUUUCUAACCUGAAGCUGAGUGAAAAUAGCCCAUAAUGGGUGUGUUGUAAAUAUGUUAUUGAGCCAGUAUUUUUUUUACUGUGCCUUUUUUUUUAAAAAAAAAAAAAAAAAAGAAAAAAAGAAACCCACACAUUGAGAAAUAUGUAGAUUUUAAAGUGCUUUUUAUACAUUUUCUGUGGAUCGGAAAAAAAACCCCAACAACCCAAGCCCCAACGUUCUGAUAACCUGUUUAAGAAAGAAAAAAAAAUUGCAAUGCCUUAUAACUAUCUCUUACCUUAAUUUAUAUGUUCCAGUAUCUGGAACAUCACUCUGUGCUUUUUGUAACUAGAAUGUGUUUAAAGCAAUAGAUGUGGGAUGGGGAACCAGCAUGAACAGUGUGUUCUCAGGGACUUGAACCCGAUUGGUGCCACGGCGUUCCCGUGGGAGCCAUCACCAAUAAAGCAGCUUUUUUUGCUGACCACAGUCACCUGG